AUGGCCCAGCUCAUGGUGCAGCACGUCUUUCGGAUCCAUGGACUGCCCGUGGACAUGGGGUCCUCAGUUCUCGUCCCGGCACACCCCUCUCCCUCGUCUCAUCGACGGCCAACCGGCAUACACGGGGAGGUGUCUCCUGAAGUCUCCAACACAUUAACCAUGACGAGGCCCGUGAGUGGCUCCCUCUCGGGGAAGGUAGUUUUGCCGUGCCACUUCUCCACCAUACCCACUACCAUGCCCGCCACCAACGCCAAUGGCACCACCCCCAGCACCGACUACCUGCGCAUCAAAUGGACCAAAAUGGAUGGAGAAAAGGAAUCCACAGUGCUGGUGGCCCAAAAUGGCAAGAUUAAAAUAGGCUCCACCUACAGGAAUCGUGUGUCGGUGCCCAGCCACCCAGAGGAUGUGGGGGAUUCUUCUCUGACCAUGGUGAAGCUCCGAGCCAGCGAUGCCGGCACCUACCGCUGUGAGGUCAUGUACGGCAUCGAGGACACGCAGGACACGGUCAACCUCAAUGUCAACGGUGUUGUGUUUCACUACCGGGCAAGCACCAGCAGGUACACCAUGAACUAUGAGAGUGCUGUCCAGGCCUGCCAAACCGUAGGAGCCUCCAUUGCCACGCCUGACCAGCUGAAAUCAGCGUAUGAGGACGGCUUUGACCACUGUGAUGCAGGUUGGAUCGCAGAUCUGUCAGUUAGAUACCCAAUCACUAGACCGAGACCUGGCUGCUAUGGAAACCUGCAGAGGAAGCCUGGGGUGAGGACAUAUGGACCCCGAAAGGCCACAGAGACCUAUGACGUGUACUGUUAUGUGGACAAGCUGAAUGGUGAGGUGUACUACGCACCUGUGACCUAUAAGAUGACGUUUGAGGAGGCGAAGGAGGAGUGUGAGAGCAGGAACGCCGUCCUGGCGUCGCCGGGUCAGCUCCACUCCGCCUGGAGACAGGGUCUGGACAGGUGUGACUACGGCUGGCUGGCCGACGGCAGCGCUCGCCACCCCGUCGCGGUACCCAGAAUGCAGUGUGGCGGCGGUCUGCUGGGCGUCAGGACCAUGUAUCGCUACAGGAACCAGACUGGCUUCCCAGAACCCAUCACCCAGCUGGGAGCAUACUGCUUCAAAGGCAUCCACUCCUGCGCUGAGAACAUGUGUCUGAAUGGGGGCUCUUGCUACAGAAGCGGAAGUUUCCAAUCUUGCAGCUGUGCCCCUGGCUACAGUGGAGAUCGUUGUGAGACAGACAUUGAUGAAUGUCAAUCCAACCCCUGUCGCAAUGGAGGUACCUGCAUUGACGGCCUGAAUUCCUUCACCUGUGUUUGCCUCCCAAGCUAUGCUGGAUUCUAUUGUGAUGAAGACACUCAGGCAUGUGACUACGGCUGGCAUAAAUUCCAGGGACACUGCUACAAGUACACCCCCCAGAGGAGGAACUGGGACACAGCGGAGAAGGAGUGUCGGGUACAGGGGGCACACCUCACCAGCAUUCUCUCCCAUGACGAGCAGCAGUUUGUCAACCGUCUUGGACAGGACUACCAAUGGAUCGGCCUGAACGAUAAGAUGUACGAUAAUGACUUCCGCUGGACCGACAGCAUGCCAUUGCAAUAUGAAAACUGGCGCCCCAACCAGCCGGACAGUUUCUUCUCGUCUGGGGAGGACUGUGUGGUGAUGAUCUGGCACGAGGACGGCCAGUGGAACGAUGUGCCCUGUAAUUAUCACCUCACCUUCACCUGCAAGAAAGGCACAGUGGCCUGUAAUCAGCCCCCUCUGGUACAGAAUGCUCAGACCUUCGGCAGGAAGAGGUCACGCUAUGAGAUCAAUGCUCUGGUGAGGUACCAGUGUAAGGACGGCUUCAUCCAGAGGCAUGUGCCAACCAUCCGUUGCCGUGGAGAUGGCCGAUGGGACAUGCCCAAAAUUGCUUGCAUGAGUCCAUCAAACUCCCAAAGGGCAUUCUCAAGUAGGCACCAGAGCUACCGCCUGUUCAGCAGUAACAACUCCAAGUGGCGGUCCGACGAGGCGGAGGCCCGACACCGUCCUCACCAUCGAGGAAGGAGAUUGAGGAGAUCGGUGAACAGGCGAAACAGAAGACAGUGAUCGCCGUGGUUAGGCUAGGUUACGCAUGCUCACAAUCUGCAGAACCUACACAAUAGGAAUGCAUGACUGUCACUCAUGUGGAGAUGUUUAUUUUUUUUUUUACAAAUGAAAAAAGAAAAAAUACUUUUUAACAAAAAAGGAACAAAAAAAACAAACCCAAAGGAAAUGUGAAAUUUUCUUACCAUUUCGAUGAUGGAAUCUUGGAAUGAAGUGCCGUUUCAAAGAAUAUUCUGAUAAAGGGACACUAAUUUAUAACAACGCCAAAGUGGAUACCUUCCGCUGGCUACUGGAAAAUAAAGAAAAAUAACCUCUCAUGAGUGUGCUGGGGAAGAACUUUGAACCAAAUAGUGCAUUCAUUAGACAGUUCUCUAUUUUACACAGACUGAAGAUUGUUCAACUCUUACAUGGUGAAAAAGAUACAGGCAAAUGCCAGCAUUUGUGAAAUUAUUGCUCUUGUGUUAUGCAAAUGAAUACAAAACAUUUUCAAAUAGGCUGUGCUACGCAGCUCCUAAUGCUCAAAUGAAUCCACAGUACCCAAUACAUCUCCCAUUAAGAUCUUCUCCAUAAUCCGGAAAUACAAUUUCAAAGAAAGAGGAUCUAUCCUUGGGUUUAUCAUCAAUAUAGGUCUUGUUGUUAAACAUGAUUACUGUAUGUAUUUUAGGCAGUUUUUCAUCCAAGAUUUCAUCUUUACCAGAGGAACGGAGUAGGCCCUGGGAUUAUUGGAUGGCACACGUCUUUGACCAAUCAGAUUUCAGAUCACCGAAAGAAAAAAGAAACAUGGGGGAGGCCGAUCCAAUCAAUUUAGAGUGCUUGUGAUGGCGGUUUUGAACAAAUAACCAGUUCCUUGUCAUCAGCUGCAGCCUUCAUCUCAUCUCAUCCGUGUCUUCUAAAGAUAAAUAUACAGUUGAAGUCGGAAGUUUUCAUACACCAUAGCCAAAUACAUUUAAAUUCAGUUUUUCACAAUUCCUGAUAUUUAAUCCUAGUCUGUAAUACCAACAUGUUUAAAAAGAACACUAAGGUAACCUGCCUAGAUGACUACUGACACAUAGCAGUCACGUCUGUCUCAAUGAAGUGCUUUGAAAGGCUGGUCAUGGCUCACAUCAACACCAUGAUCCCAGAAACCCUAGACCCACUCCAAUUUGCAUACCGCCCAAACAGAUCCAAAGACGAUGCAGUCUAUUGCACUCCACACUGCCCUUUCCCACCUCGACAAAAGGAACACCUACAGUUGAAGUCGUAAGUUUACAUACACCUUAGCCAUAUACAUUUUUCACAAUUCCUAACAAUUAAUCCUAGUAAAAAUUCCCUGUCUUAGGUCAGUUAGGAUCACCACUUUAUAUUAAGAAUGUGAUACGUCAGAAUAAUAGUAGAGAUAAUGAUUUAUUUCAACUUUUGUUUCUUUCAUCACAUUCAGGGAGGGUCAGAAGUUUACAUACACUCAAUUAGUAUUUGGUAGCAUUGCCUUUAAAUUGUUUAACUUGGGUCAAAUGUAUCGGGUAGCCUUCCACAAGCUUCCCACAAUACGUUGGUUGAAUAUUGGCCCAUUCCUCCAGACAGAGCUGGUGUAACUGAGUCAGGUUUGUAAGCCUCCUUGCUUGCACACGCUUUUUCAGUUCUGCCCACACAGGGCUUUGUGAUGGCCACUCCAAUACCUUGACAUUGUUGUCAUGAUAUCAUUUUCUGGAAUUUUCCAAGCUGUUUAAAGGCAAAGUCAACUUAGUGCAUGUAAACUUCGGACCCACUGGAAUUGUGAUACAGUGAAUUAUAAUUGAAAUAAUCUGUCUGUAAACAUUUGUUGGAAAAAUUACUUGUGUCAUGCACAAAGUAGAUGUAUGUCCUAACCGACUUGCCAAAACUAUAGUUUGUUAACAAGAAAUUUGUGGAGUGGUUGAAAAACGAGUUUUACUGACUUCAACCUAAGUGUAUUUAAACUUCCGACUUCAACUGUAUAUGAAUAGAUAUUAAAGGAUAUAUAAUACGUUGAUAAUGGGUGCCGUUUACUUAGGUCAACGCAAAAUGACAAUUGAGAGAAUUUGCUCCGUGAAACACUCCAAAAGACUUGAACAAACACCUUUUUCAACAAGAGAUGCGAUGUAAUUUAUUUUUUCAAGCUGCUUUUCCUCUUCUUGCCAUGCUAUUAUUUCAUCAGUGAAAUAUUCUGAAGAUGCAGUCAGUUGGCCUGACUACAGUCUCAACACUUUGUACAUGUAUUGUACAGGCUUUGCAGGAGACAGCUAUCAUCACAGUAUUAGUCAAUGUGAUGAAGAUAUUCCUUUACUACACCCUACACUAAAUUGACCUUAUAGUUUGACAUUUAGGGGUCAACAAUGGACCAAAGUGUAUGGCUUCAAUCAGCUGAUUACGCCUUGUCCUCGUCACAAUAUUACGAAACACUUUGUAGAGAUUUUGUGUUGCACAAUUGAAGACUGUCAUCAAUUUGUGGAGUCCCCAGCAGUUGUGCUUUUUAAAACCGUUUUUGUCUUGUAUGUUUGUCUCGUUUUGCCAGUUAUGUUUUAGCAUUAAAGUGCACAUAAUAAAGUUUUAUAUUCAUAGCAUAACUUUUUUUUUACAAUGUGAAUGUCUGGGAUUUUUGUAAUAAUAUAAAAAAAAACAAAAAAAACAAGACCUGCUCUCCGUCACCCCCAAAAAAUAAUAAAUGUUUGUACAUUUAA